AUGGAUGAGGGUCAAGCUCCGCCUUCUCCAACUGCAUUAGUCAGACAGAAGAGGGUUAAGCGGUCUUUUUAUCAUACCACCAACGGAAAACCCGUUGCGAUAAGAGGUCACCGACAUUGGCUGACUGAGCCUUCAGAUCUUGUCAACACUAUAAAUCGUUACAUAUCAAUGAACUAUAACGGUGCUGGAGGUUUGGAGUUUGGUGGAGGAAAUAUCAAGAUUGAUCCAAGCGUCGCCGCAGAACUACCAGAAGGCUGUCGAGUGGUAUAUACUGAAAGCCAUGGCGUCAGUUUCUGGGCUGAUACUGGCGGUAUUGACGUCGAUCUGGCCGACGGGACACCACAAUCAUUUUUUAUUAAGGUCAUAUCGAAAGAGCGUGGCAAGAACAUGAUUGCAUGGGGAGUUCGAGUCGAUGUCCGCAACCCACGCACUCUUGCCUGA